UUCACAUCAAGACCUAAGUCUCUCUGACAGGUUGCGCAGUGAUGUCUGGGUUGGCUGCGUUGUGUUUCCUGCUUCUGCAGACUGGAGCUUCUGGGUUUGGGUUAUCCAGUGGAGAAUCUCUGAGUCAUCAGGAGAUCACUAAGAGAGCAAUCUUAAAUACCACUGCGCAGACAUGUCGUGCUCUGGCCCUGGCUGAGGGCAGAGACUUCACUUUUCCUUCUCUGACUGUUGAUGCUGUUGCUGCUGCCUGUGAAGCGCCAUCCAAGAGCUUCCUCCAAACCAUCCAACUGAUCCAAUCAAAGAAUCAACAAGUAGACUCAACUCUUUUCAACCAAGCACAGUAUCACAUGGACGAUGAACAAAUUUUGGAGGGAAGGAAAAUCAUCACAGAUGGAUUGGCAGCUGUGAAGGCCAACAACAGGGAACAGAACUUUGAGGCUGCCAGAGAAAAACUGGGACAAAUCUUACACCCUCUACAGGAUUUCUACAGUCAUAGCAACUGGGUGGAGAUGGGAAACCAACUCCCAAACUCCAAUCUGAUCAGAUCAGACACCAGCGUUGGCAACAUAGCAGCUGAAAGCAGAGCAACCUGUCGCGACUGUAAUGGAGACGACUGCAGGAACAACAUUUUGGAGGAUAUUCUCAGGGAAAAUAUACUAACCACAGGAUACUUUAAUUUUGUGUCUAAACCGAGAGGAAAAUGCAACCAUGGAGAUGAGCAUGAUAGAACAAGUAACAUUGAACCUAAAGGUGGGAUCAAUAAAGACACUUUGGACUCCAGCCAUGGACACCUCCACAUGGAAGCUGCAAAUGUGGCAAUUGCUGCAACCAGUGAGCUCCUGGAGGACAUUCGAGGGGCUGCUGGUGACAAACCAUUCCUCCAGAUGAUGGGAAUCUCAAGAGGAUCCAGUAAAGCUCUUUGUUUUGUGAUCGACACGACAGGAAGCAUGAGUGAUGACAUUGCAGCAGUGAGGACUGUCACUUCUGAUAUAAUUGACAGGAGAGUGGGAACACAAGACGAGCCCUCAGUUUACAUUCUUGUACCUUUCAAUGAUCCAGAUUUUGGGCCACUGACAAGGACAACAGACCCAGAAGUCUUCAGGAAUGCUAUUAAUUCACUAACAGCAACUGGUGGAGGAGAUGCUCCAGAAAUGAGUCUUUCUGGGCUUCAGCUGGCAUUAACUAGUGCUCCUCCCAAUUCUGAGAUCUUCCUCUUCACUGAUGCAGCUGCUAAAGAUGUACACCUGAGAAACACAGUGCUCGCACUCAUCGGGCGAACCAACACGGUGGUAAACUUCAUGAUAACUGCCGUUCUGGGAUUUCGUCGUCGUAGGCAGAGUGAUGAUAGCCUCCAACAACAACAGCAACAACAACCAAAAAGUCGAAUGGUGAGAUCAGAUGCUCAGCUGUACAGAGACCUGGCUCAGGCUUCAGGAGGUCUGGCUAUCCAAGUCUCAAAGAGUGAGCUCCUUGAAGCCACCAGCAUCAUAACACAGACAUCCAGCUCCUCUCUGGUGACCCUUCUGCAGGCAGCCAGGAAUCCAGGAAAGGCUGAAAAUUUCACCUUCACCGUUGACGAGUCGGUGAAAAACCUCACAGUUUACAUCACUGGGAACUCUGUGACCUUUACUCUUAUCAGCCCCUCAGGUGUGUCUCAGGAAAGCACCGACACGACAGGAUCACUGAUCACUGCAUCCCAGUCAGUGGGAAACUUCAAGACUCUGCAGCUAAAACAACAAGUUGGACUGUGGGAAAUUCAAAUGGUGUCAACAAAUCCCUACAUUCUGAAGGUUGUAGGUGAAAGUCCCAUUGACUUCCUGUUUAACUUUUUGGAGGAAUCGCAGGGCCCGUUCGGAGGUUUUGAUGUCGUAGACAAUCGUCCCAGAGCUGGUGUUAAUGGCAGCCUGAUGGUGACAGUGACCGGGAGUGAAUCCGCCACAGUGACAGAAGUCAUUCUGGUUGAAUCGUCUGGGUUCGGAGAGGUUAAUGGCAACGUGGAGGCUCAGGGUGGAGGAGACUUCUUGGCUCACUUUGACAGGAUACCAGCAGAGGAGUUUGUGGUGCUUGUGAAGGGGCAGAGCAAUAAUGGUUCCCCCAGAAUGUCCUCUGCAAACUUUCAAAGGCAGUCCCCCACCAACAUCAGAGCAUCUGCUGUGGCUGUUACUUCUCCUGAUUCAGACAGCGUCUUAGUUCCAGGAACACCACUUUCAGUUCCCUUCACUGUGAUGACGAGUGGUACAGGAGGAACCUUCAGCAUCCAAGCUACCAAUGACCAAAGUUUUCCCUCGACUUUCCCGUCCAGUUUAAUGCUGGAAACUGACGGCAGUGCCAAUGGUACAGGGACCCUCACAGCACCUCUCAACACUGCGUCUGGUACUGUCGUCACCCUGACCAUUUCGGCCGAGGCUUCAGGAGCCACAGACACCAACUACGUCGUGCGGCGUUUCACUGUCCUUGAAACGGUGACUGAUAUCACUAAGCCGGUGUGUGAGCUGCCCAGCCUGCAGUCCCUCUGCUCUGAUAACUGCGUGUUAUCGAUGUGGGAGCUCUCAGUUCAGGUGACUGAUGGUGCUAAUGGGACGGGUGUCGACCGUAUUACCCUCAGACAAGGCAAUGGGACCUUGAACACCAGCCUGGCUGCUGACAAUGAGAACAUAACCCUGGUUUCCUACAGUGCGUCUUGCUGUUCACCUGAUGUGGAGCUGGUGGUUGUGGAUCGGGUGGGUAAUGUAGCCACAUGUUUCUACAGCGUCCGGACCGUCGCUACAACCACAAACACUCCCACAACUACAACCACUCCCACAACCACAACUACUCCCACAACCACAAACACUCCCACAACUACAACCACUCCCUUAACCACAACUACUCCCACAACCACAAACACUCACACAACAACAACCACUCUCUUAACCACAAACACUCCCACAACCACAACUACUCCCACAACCACAACUACUCCCACAACCACAAACACUCCCACAACUACAACCACUCUCUUAACCACAAACACUCCCACAACCACAACUACUCCCACAACCACAACUACUCCCACAACCACAAACACUCCCACAACCACAACUACUCCCACAACCACAAACACUCCCACAACCACUCCCACAACAACAACCUCUCCCACAACCACAACUACUCCCACAACCACAAACACUCCCACAACCACAACCUCUCCCACAACAACAACCUCUCCCACAACCACAACUACUCCCACAACCACAAACACUCCCACAACCACAACCUCUCCCACAACAACAACCUCUCCCACAACCACUCCCACAACAACAACCUCUCCCACAACCACCAUUCCCACAAUCAUGACCACAACCACUCCCACAACGACCACUCCCACAAUCAUGACCACAACCAAGACAACUACAACCACCAAUACUCCACAGCGUCCAACAGUAGCAGCUGUUGAGUCUUUGUCUACCAGAGCUGUUCAGUCUUUUCUUCUUUGCCUUAGCAUCACGGUCCUGGGGCUCAGUUUAACAUUUUAACUUGGGGUCAACUGAGUGCUUACAUGUUAGUGUUGGGGUGAGAUACAUUUAAAAAUGUGCUUUUGGCUUUGGAAAAUAAACUACAUACUCUA